AGGAGUUCACUUCCGCUACCGGUGUGACGUCACGCGCUGGUUCUGUACUGCCAACGCAGCAAAGCGAAGAGCAGAAAUCUGUACAUUAGAGGCGUGAUGACGUCGUAGCGCUUUAGUGUAAAGACUCGGGGUUGUGCUCGGGCUCUGUGUUUAUGGACACUAAGCGAUAAAGCGGAAUCAUUUUAUAGAUUAGGCUUUAAAUCAGCUCGUUUAUCUCAGAACCAGCAGCUACACCACCAUCCUCCUCCUCCUCCUCAUCCUCAGCCCGGUCUUCAUCACUGAUCAGAUGGCGAGUCCUCGAACCCGACGUGUUCUGAAGGAAGUCAGGACCAAUGACGGAAAUAAUGUGUGUUUUGAGUGCGGGGCGUUUAACCCUCAGUGGGUCAGUGUGACGUACGGAAUAUGGAUCUGUCUGGAAUGCUCCGGAAAACACAGAGGACUCGGAGUUCACCUCAGCUUCGUGCGCUCGGUGUCGAUGGAUAAGUGGAAGGACGUGGAGCUGGAGAAGAUGAAGGCUGGAGGAAACGAGAAAUUCCACCUGUUUCUGGAGCUGCAGGACGAUUACAACCCCAACUGGAGCUUACAGGAAAAAUACAACAGCCGAGCUGCAGCACUGUUCAGGGAUAAAGUGGCGACUGAGGCGGAAGGUAAAGAGUGGUCAAUUGAAAACUCUCCUGCUAAAAACUGGACUCCUCCUCAGCCCAAGACCUCUCUGUCAUCAUCACACCGCAGUGCAGCAGGCUCGGCUCGGACGUCCUCACACUCUGAUAAAGCGUUUGAAGACUGGCUCAGUGACGAUGUGAACUCGUACCAAGGCGGAGGAGGCGGGGCUCAGGAGAAUCGUUACGUGGGAUUUGGGAACACGCCGAAUCCUCCGAAAAAAGACGAUGACUUCAUCAAUAACGCCAUGUCGUCCAUCUACUCAGGCUGGAGCAGCUUCACAGUUGGAGCCAGUAAAUUCGCAGCAGCUGCAAAAGAUAACACGGCGAAACUGGCCAGUCAGGCGUCUCUGAAGGCGGCUGAAUUAGGCCAAACUUUAAACCAAACUGUUAUCAAACCCACUCAGGAGAAGGUUAAAGAUGGAAAGUUGUUUGAUGAAGUCUCCGUCAGCUUCAGUGACUUUGCCUCCAAGGUUCAGGACGCUGGAGUGAAAGGUUGGAAGGACAUGAGCUCAUUCUUCGGUGGAAAACCAGCCGAAGCUGCUGAGGGGCCUGCAGGGGGCGAUGUUUAUCACAGCGACUCUGCCGGAUAUCAGAACAGCGACGGCGUCGAUCGCGGUUUCUGGGAUUCGUUCGGCGCUAACGCUGACAGCAAGACCAAGAAGUCCCCGAGCAGCGAGAGCUGGACCCACGUGGAGAACUCGGGCGGGAAGAAGAGCUCGGACAGCUGGGAGAACUGGGGCUCCGACAACAAGCACAGCACCGGGGACAGCUGGGAGAACUGGGAGAACCACUGGGAGAACGGCGGAGACAACAAGAACAAGAAGAGCCCUAAAGCCGACGAGGAGGCGUGGGACAACGCUAACUGGUAGAACGGCCGAUUUAACAAACGCGUAAAUGUGAACUGGAGAAAAAACAACGAUAAAAACGUCUCAUUAGUCCUGUUCUGUGAUGUCACACUUCACCUCAUCUCCACAUUGUGCUCAAACAUCAACACACACUUCUGCACAAACGCAGCAGCUCACCAUGAGUCAGCACUUUACUACAACGGCCGCCAUUUUGGUUCUGUCCCAAACUGUAACGUUCAAGUCACGAUGAGUGGUUUUACCAGGAGGUCGGCCAUUUUGGCUCCGUCCCAAAUGCUAGAAUUCACGACUUUUAUUUGUCUCAUAGUAAUAAAUAAAUUGAGUAGCGUUAGCUCUUUUAGCAAAAAGUGAGCUAACAUAACUAGCGCUAGUUAGCGAGUGAUAAAUGGCGCGCGUCAGGUUGCUAGCUAGCACUAGUGUUACCAUAGCAACGACACAAAUGUGGCCUAUAAUCAGUAUCAUGAAGAAGACAGACAGCUGUCAGUUUCUCACACUCCAUGUUUCUUUACCACACACACACACACACACACACACUGCCUCAUGCUGAUGUACACCUGAGUAUCAUCUCUCUCUCUCUCACACACACACACACACACACACACACACACACACACACUGCCUCAUGCUGAUGUACACCUGAGUAUCAUCUCUCUCUCUCACACACACACACACACACACACACACGUGCAGGUGUUCGAGGUGUGUGUAUUUGAAUGCUCCUAUUUAAAUCAUGUUGUAUGAAUAUUGUUAUGCAGGUUGUUGUUUGUGUGUUUGCGGAUAAUUAAUUGAAAUUAAAGUGUAAUUAAUGUUAAUGAUUUUAAAUUCCUGCACGUAUAAAAACAGAAACUGUGUGUUUGCUGUAAGAUAUCGAGCUUUUCCUCUUAUUCUAAUGUUUUACACGUGUAAAGUUGCAGAAACAGAUCAAUAUUUUUGUUGUUCAGUUGAGCGUUAGCGUUAAUGUGGUGUUUAUUCAUUCUUAUUUAUCAUUUCGUUUCUGUCUGAAAAAAUCCUCAUGUUUAUAAAAGUGUUGAAAAUGAAAUCAGAUUAAAGAAUAAAGACUGGAUUCAGUAUUUUAUCAAA